UCUUGAUGAGCUUGGAAAAUUGUUACAAAAUAAUUCACGAGUCUGCAGGUAUCGGUAGUAACAAACACAACGACAAAAACAACAACCAGAGCGACAACAUUAGUUACUUAGCUACAUUUUUAAAGCAAAGUACUUUCGACAAAAUUAAAUACCGCCAAACUAAACUAAAUCAUAAUCUAUUUGAUAUUAUAUGGCCAGCAAUAGAAAAAUCACACAAGAGCAGAAAAUUUGAUGACUACAUAAAUUGUGAUAUUGUUGCUCCAGAUUUUGAUGUUUUCGUUGUAUUUCAAGAAUUUUUGAUUCCGCUAAUUAAAGACAUGCAUUGUUUAAAUAUAAACCAAGCGUUGAAACCACGUAAUCGGUUAUUCUAUUUUCCAAUAAUAAAUGGGCAAAGAAAUGAGUUCAUUAACUAUGAAAUAGAUAGUUUUAACAAAUACGUGUCGGAAGUUUCUGUGGAAUGUUCACGAAAUUUAGACAAUUUCGAGUUACCUAUUAAUUUAAAUAUCUCUCAAAUUGAACAUGUUGAACGAGUGUUGCUUGAAAAAAUAUUGACAACAGAAUUUGGAAAAGUUAUCGGUGAACAAGAAGCUGGUACUUAUUACACGAUGAGCGAAAUUCUGGGUAAAUCAUCAGAUAUCAAAAAUAUUAUUAACAGCUCAAACUUAAUGAUGUCAAUAUACAACGAAUGUUUUGCCUUAAACGAUUCAAUUUGGCCAUAUGGUCGUGGAGUUUUUAUAAGUCAUAAAGGUGAUUUAGCCGCAUGGAUAAAUGUGCAAGAUCAUUUAAGAUUGACUGCUAGUACACCAAAAAAACAAUUAACAAACGCUGGGUAUGCUUACUCGAAAGUUGGCCGCGCUGUUGCGUAUCUAGAAAAUAAACUUCAAUUUCGAGAAAAUUAUUUUUUGGGUUAUCUAUCUUCAAGGCCAUCGUUUCUCGGAACAUCUUUAAAAAUAUCAACUGUCUUGACACUUCCAAAUUUAAUGAAGGAAAUCGAAAACUUGCGGCACUUAUGUAUUGUUCGUGGUCUUCGUAUGCUACCUAUGAACGAAAAAAAAUUCCAUUGCCGUGUUAUUAACAUGCGAAGCUUAGGAUGUACAGAAUGGCGAUUAUUUCAAGAUUAUUGCACAGCUAUUUCAAAUAUCGUGAAGCUGGAAGAUGAUAUGAAUUUUACAAACUCAAAGCAAAUUGCAGCAACAUUGGUCAAAAUAUUUAGAAGAAAGAAGAAUAUAAUAUGCAACACCUAGCAGAAAAGUUAAAUUGUGAAUUACAUUGCGAAAAAUUCUAACAACAAGCGGUCGUAAAAUAACUAAGAUAGAAAAAAACAAAUUAUAACAAAUAAUCUUCUUCGUAAACGCUUUGAUUUC